GUUUUUACUAUAACUCAAAGAUAAAAGAUCACAUAAUUGAUGACAAAUUUAAAGAUCUGACAGUAAAGUAUUACUGGUCUGAAAGCGAUGUGGAGGACAAUAAGACAAUCAAUUCAAUUGUGGACUCAAUUCAAUGCAAAUAUAAUUGUUGCGGAACUGAUUCCUACAAGAGUUGGCAACGUUUAAGACCUCAGAAAGUCGAGUGGUAUCCAAACUCGUGUUGUUGUCAUUUAGAUCUUCAGCCCUCACAACACAACUGUACCGAACAAUUGGCGAAUACAACAAACUCAUGCUUUUCUGCACUAAAUGCCAAACUUAAAGACAUCAGAAAGUCUGUGGUAUUAAUGGCCGGAAUAGCGAUCGCUAACUCUGUGAUCAAACUAUUGGGUAUUUUUUUGGUCUGGCAUUUUGGACGACAACUUAGGAAUAAUUACAUUGUUUAACACUUAAU